AUAUAAAAGACCUGUGUCGUUUGUUUUUGUUCAUUGACUGAAUCAUUCGUUUGCGAUGCAGUUGAUCGUGAUCGUGUAUCUUUUAUCCUUUUGUGGCUACCUCGAUUUUGUAACGGCUGGAAUAUUCGACAUCCCGAAGAACGUUAUCAAGAAAGUGAUGGGAACCAAUAAGGAACAGUCAAACACGUAUAUUUUUUCUCAAGACAAUCUCGAUAUGUUACAGAGGAUAAAAAAAGCAGGUUUUCCCGCGGAGGCUCACGCAAUACAGACGGAGGAUGGCUAUAUCUUAACACUUUAUCGUAUCCCAAAUAAAAACGGUCCAUCCGUGCUGCUGCAACAUGGUCUUUUAAGCAGCUUCACCGAUUUUCUUAUUUCCGGAAAAGAUAAAGGACUUGCUUUCAUAUUGGCUAAUCAUGGGUAUGAUGUUUGGAUGGGUAAUUUUCGUGGAAAUACUUACUCGAGGGCACAUGUUUCUUUAUCGCCAUCGGAUUCAAAAUUUUGGAACUUCAGCUUUCACGAAAUGGGUGUUUACGAUUUACCCGCAAUGAUUUUACAUAUUACGAAUAUAACAUCGCAACCAUUGCACACAUACAUCGGUCAUUCAAUGGGCACAACUGCUUCUUACGUGAUGGCAGCAGAACGUCCGGAAAUCGCUCGAAUGGUGCGAUUGAUAAUCAGUCUCGCGCCUGUGGCAUUUAUGACUCAUAUAAGAAGUCCUAUACGGUUUCUCACUCCUUUCGCAGGAAAUAUUGAGGGGCUCUUAUAUCUUCUUGGCGAAGACGAGUUUCUACCACACAGCUCUGUAAUACAGUUCAUGAGCAAACUCGCCUGUGACAUGACAUUUGUUCAGGACAAGAUUUGCACCAAUUUGCUGUUUCUGAUCUUAGGUUUUGACAGGGAGCAGUUUGAUGUUAACCUAAUACCUUCGAUUUUAAAUACCUAUCCAGCCGGUACUUCGACCAAAACGCUAGUACACUUUGCUCAGGAACAUAAUUCUGGCAAGUUUUGCCAAUACGAUUAUGGUUGUGCGAAAAAUCUACAAAUUUACAACACACCUGAACCGCCAGAUUAUAAUCUCGCAAACAUCACCACGCCUUUCGCAAUAUUCUAUGCUGAAAAUGACUGGCUGUCUGGCAUUCCGGAUGUAAAGCAGCUCAUCAGUCUGUUACCCAAUGUAGUGGAUGAAUACAAAGUACCAUUUCCUAAGUUCAAUCACUUGGAUUUCUUAUGGGCCAUAGAUGUACCUGAACUUGUGUACAAUAAAGUGUUAGAGGUCAUGAGAAUGGAACCAACAUUAAUGGCAAAAAAAACGCAAUCUUAA